ACGAUGAUGCAAAAUGAGAUUGAAGAUGAUGUCGAAUAUGGGGUACUCGAAGCAUAACUCUUUUGGUUAUGAUUACCCUCUCGGUUUUAUAAUGAAGUUCUCUAUUUUUUUUGUUCUUUGAAACGAAGGAAUGGUAAAAUUCAUACUCUAUUUUUUUAAAUACUAAUAUUGAUCUUACAAUGGUUAGAGACUAUUAGGGGUGGGCAAACGGGUUAUGGAACCGGGAGUCGGAAUCGAACUGACAGCCCUCCUCGCCUGUCUCUCACGUUUCCUUCCAUCUUCCGUUCAUCUCGUUCAUCGUCGACCACCGCCGGUCGCCGGUGGUUUAGCUUCUGCCCUCCUCGCCUUUGCCCUCCUUGUCUCUGCCCUCAUCGCCUCUGCCCUCAUCGCCUCUGCCCUCCUCGUCUCUGCCCUCCUCGUGGUUCAUCGCCGAUUGUGUCCUCGUCUGGCCUCCUCGUCUUCGCCAUUACAACUUAGAAGGCAUAUCUACCCUCGUCUCUGGUACCGCCGGUGGUCUGCCUUGUAGGUCUUCAUGACUAUCCAUGCUAGAAACCGACAUUGUGUUUUAGCAGAGCUUGAUUUCCCUA